AGCACCAAUAAUACUGGUUGGUAUAAUACCGGUCCUCUCCAUCCAGUCACCGCCCCCUCCCUUCCUUCCUCCUCGCUCCUGUCCAACGGUCCUCCUCUCCGGUGGUCCUUCGGUUUCGGAGUCAGCAUCACUCACUCUCCGACCUACAGCACUACAGGACUAACGACGGAGGAACAUGUUGCUUCACAAACUGUGUGUUUGGAUCCUGUCGGUCCUGUGUGGCUCUGACGUGUGUUGGGGAUUCGUCUAUGACCGGCCCAGACGCUCUGGAGAGGACGGGACGUCAGCCAGGACGGAGUCUCGCUCUGCAUCUCAGUACGUGCCGACCUCCGGCUCAUGCAGGAACAGGUGUUUUGAGCUGGUGGAGUUGGAGCCGCCGAGCUGCCGCUGUGAUAACCUGUGUAAGACCUACAACGGCUGCUGCUCCGACUUCGAUCAGCUCUGCCUCAGGACAGAGGGGGGUUAUGAGUGCAGUAAAGAUCGGUGUGGGGAGACUCGAAAUGAACAACAUGCCUGCCACUGCUCUGAUGACUGUCUGGCCAGAGGAGACUGCUGCACCAACUACAAGAAGCUGUGUAAAGGAGACACUUCAUGGCUGCAGGAUGAGUGUGAGGAGAUCAAGACAUCUGAAUGUCCUGCUGGGUUUGUGCGACCGCCACUCAUCAUGCUGUCAGUGGACGGAUUUAGAGCUUCUUAUGUGAAGAGAGGAAACACCGUCAUACCCAACAUCGAGAAACUGAGAACAUGUGGAACCCAUGCUCCCUACAUGAGGCCUAUGUACCCCACAAAAACCUUCCCCAACCUCUACUCCCUGGCUACGGGUCUCUACCCAGAGUCUCACGGUAUCGUCGGCAACUCCAUGCAUGACCCGGUGUUUGAUGCCACCUUCACCCUGAGGAGCCGAGAGAAACUCAAUCACCGCUGGUGGGGAGGACAGCCAAUCUGGAUCACAGCGCUCAAACAGGGAGUGAAGGCUGCCACCUUCUUCUGGCCUGUUGCGAUCCCAUUGGAGAGGCGGAUACUGACCAUGCUGCAGUGGCUCCACCUCCCUGAAGGAGAGAGGCCCUACAUUUACGCCAUGCACUCUGAACAACCAGACACAUAUGGACACAAAAUGGGACCCAUGAGCCCAGAAUUGAACAACCCUCUGAGAGUGAUUGACAGAAUUGUGGGCCAACUGAUGAAUGGACUUAAACAGAUGAAACUGCACCGCUGUGUCAACAUCAUCCUGGUGGGGGAUCAUGGUAUGGAAGAGGCCCACUGUGAUCGCACCGAGUUCCUCAGUAACUACAUGACCAGCGUUGACGACAUCAUCCUCAUCCCUGGGUCUCUAGGCAGAAUACGCUCGAGAAACCCCAACAACCCCAAAUAUGACGCCAAGGCUGUUGUUGCAAAUUUAACAUGUAAGAAGGCAGACCAGCACUUUAAGCCGUACUUGAAGCAGCACCUGCCGAAGAGACUGCACUACGCCAACAACCGACGCAUUGAAGACAUUCACCUGCUGGUGGAGAGGAAGUGGCACGUCGCCAGGAAGGUUCCUGAAGGGAGGAGGCACUGUGGCUACGCUGGUGACCAUGGAUAUGACAAUAAGAUCAACAGCAUGCAGACUAUCUUCUUGGGGUAUGGACCUACAUUUAAAUUCAAGACUAAAGUUCCAGCCUUUGAAAACAUUGAGCUUUAUAAUGUCAUGUGCGAUCUACUGGGUGUGAAACCAGCUCCCAAUAAUGGGACCCAUGGCAGUCUGAACCACCUGCUGAGGAGCCCCUCCUACAGACCCACCAUGCCAGAGGAGCUCUCCAGGCCGGCAGCCUCUGGCCUGCUUCCUGCAGGAACAGACGAUCUGGGCUGCAGCUGUGAUGACAAGUUGCGUGUAAAAAGUAGGGGCCAGAGAAGUUUGAAAGUGACCCUUGUACGAGGCUAUAACCUGGAGUCACUCUGGCUCUGUCUCUUACAGAACAAAGUGGAGGAGCUAAACCAGCGACUGAGGCAAGCUAUGGAUGACAGCAGGAACUUGCCGUACGGUCGACCUGCUGUUCUCUUCCGUACCAAAUACUCCAUCCUCCACCACAGCGACUACAUCAGCGGCUACAGCGAGGCUCUCUCUAUGCCUCUCUGGACAUCAUACGCUGUCAGCAGACAGGUAGAAGUGUCCCCUCUGCCUGAUGCCCUGUCCAACUGUGUGAGACCUGAUACCAGAGUCCCUCCAGCCUACAGUCAGUCUUGUACCAACUACAGAGCAGACAAACAGAUCACCUACGCCUUCAUGUAUCCACCACAAUUGUCCUCAACCAUAGACAAAAAAUAUGAUGCUGUCCUCAUCACCAACACCGUUCCCAUGUAUCCUGCAUUCAAGAGAAUAUGGAGUUACUUCCAGAGAGUGCUGGUGAAGAAAUUUGCCACUGAGAGAAACGGCGUGAAUGUGCUCAUUGGACCGAUAUUUGACUACGACUAUGAUGGUGUCAGGGACUCCGCUGAGAAGAUAAAAGAGUAUGUCAACGGGAUGAUACCCGUCCCAACACACUUCUUUGUGGUCCUGACCAGCUGCUUAGACUUCACACAGGCUGCAGACUCGUGUAGCGGUCCGCUCAGCAGCGCUGCCUUCAUCCUGCCACACCGGGCCAGCAAUGACGAGACCUGCAACAGCUCAGAGGAGGAGUCUCGCUGGGUGGAGGACCUGAUGAAGAUGCACACUGCUCGAGUCAGAGAUGUGGAGAUCCUGACUGGCUUGGACCUGUACCGCAAAACAACCCGGAGCUACGCUGAAAUCCUCUCGCUCAAGACCUACAUGCACACCUACGAGAGCGAGAUCUGAUAUCUGCUGCCGGCUCUAUUAACAUUCAUGUUGCUGAUCUUUUUUUCCAACCGUGGUGGAUGUAUGUGGUACAAGGAGGAGGUGUGAUCAUCUCUUCUACACUGACCGACACCAGCUUUAGCUCUCGCUGGAUGCCACGGCUGCCGUAUUCAUUUCAUCCACAUGUUAAGAUACAGCUUUAACACCACUGAGGCUGAGCUACCAGCUGUUGUACUGUUCACUUUAUUCUGUUCAGCAGUAGGAAAGAAAAGCAGUUCCUCUGCUCUGGUGCUAUUGUUUCAUGAUCAACACUCAAAUUCAAUCAAAUGACAUCAAACUGAAAAAAACUCCACAUCAAGAACAACAUGACCUACACACAUAUAUAUACUGCAUAUACAUAUAUAUAUGUGUGUGUUUGUGUAUAUAUAGUGCCUUCCUUAAAGUAAUUUACACUUGCUGCAGAUGUGCCCCUGAUAACCAAGAACAUUUUUUAAUAUAUAUUUUUAUUAUAUAUAUAGUGCAUAAACAUUUGAAUUAUUUUCUAGCAAACAAUAUUCCAUAUGUGUAAAAAUUGAUGAUUUUAAAGUGGUAAGUGAAUCUUUAAUUGCACUACAAAGCCAUCAACAGAAUCAGUCCCAGACAAAACCAUCACCUCAGUAUCAAGGCUACACAUUUUCAGUUUCCUUUAUUGAUCCACUCUGUUGACUCAUUAUGUCAUUACACUAUGAACAGUUUCUCAUUAUGUCAUUAUGUUCAGUGA